AUGACGCGGCAAAGCUCCAAGGUGCGUUUUCGGAUUCAAGGUAUUCAGAAGUUCCGGAGUUUAGAGCGAUGUCUUCUACUAUUUCCUUCUCAACGUGUCUUCGGCGUUCAUGCUUUCAGCUGCCCACAACGUUUUGUUUUUUGUCCUUGACGUCAGAACAUCGGUAAUCCACUUCCUCCAUUUCUUCACUACUUUCGGACUUUUGUCUCUGCUCCGAUAUGCACAUGUUAUUCCAAGUGCUCCUAUUGAAUUUAAUGUGAGUAUCGAGACUUUCAAUCAAAAAGUAUAUCCAGUACAGACCUUGAAAUAUGCCGUCGGCUUCAAGAUUCUGGAGACGCUACUGGUCUCUGGAGCUCAUUCUCAGAACCGUACCGGAGAGUUGUAUCUUAUUAGGUUUGUUAUCCGAUCUUUUUUUUCUUGAUUUAGAAAAAAAUUCCUUCCUUGUGUUGCUCAUGAUAUAGUGGAUAACAGUAGACGUUUUAGAAAUCGAAAAAAAAUAAAAUCAGUUUUUUAGUUUUUCCGUACAUUUUCGACAGGCUAUUUUUCAGUACCCUGAUACGCUUAGCAGAUAUUUCUUUUUGUUUUUCGAUUUUUCACCUCAAACACUUUCCUUAUUAGAGAAAUAAUCUGUUAUUAAGAGUUUUCGACUUCCUGUUUACCCUGACAAUCGUCGGCUAUCAAAAGAAGAGCUCAAAAUCUCCAGAAAAGCCCGAAGGAUUCCUGGUGGUUGUAUAACCAUUAAAAUCAAACCAAAACUAAGUUUACAGGUGCCGUUGGCAUUGGCGACGUCGCUUUCCUGGCUUGAAUGGGGUCAGCUUGAACACACUCCUUUUUCGAUGCUCUGUGCGAUCUUUUUGCCGAUUGUCAGAGCUUUCUCCGUCCUGAAGUUACAAGAAGCCUUCGAGAUGAGUGGAAAAGGUUCGAUAAUCUCCUCUCCUGGUAUAAGGGACGUCUGAUUCACAAAUGACGUGCUUUAGGCCACGCGGACAACGUCUGCUUCCACUACACGCGUCUAGUGUCGGCUGGUCUAUUUAUUCCCGCAUUGAUGUCUUUUCUGAGUCGUGACGUACAAGUCACAGCCAGCUGGGAGUCCAUUGACUAUGUGGGUGGUCGUCAAAGUUUCUCCGAGUUUUCAUGGUUUCCAGACCCUCAUGAGCCUGUCGUUCUUGUUCAUGGCGUGCAACCUCUACUCAGAGCUCUGGCUAGUUCUUCACGUCAACGCAAACUCGUUCACAGCUUUCGAAAGCACAAAGAUGUUGGCGGGAUCGGUCCGCUCUGCCCAUCAAAAUUAAUAAAAAAAAAAGAUUUCCGUUACAGAUUGCUCAGUGGAUCAUUCAGAACAUGGCGCACCCGAAUUUGCUUGCAUUUGGAGGAAAAAUCGUUGCUUUGGCGUCGUUAUUUCGAAUUGUCACUCGCUUAUAAUAAACUUCUCUUAAAUGCAAAAAAAAAAUCCAAUACGGAAUGCCUGAAUAAAUAGAGUUUUCUCCCUGCAAAAGUUAUAUCUACAUUAAAUGGUAAAAUUGCCUUAAGGGGCUGUAAAUUUGAAACGUUCUAAGCCAGCCCGGAAUUCAAAAUUCAAAGGAAUUCAAGAAACCGAAAUUUGAGCAAAAUGCGAUGGACUUGAAAUAUACUUUUAAGAACCUCCGGUAUGGCUCAGAUAGAGCUGAAGCUCAGGUAAAAGUUGGAUUCCGCUUUUGAUUUUUCGGAACGCGUGUGGAAGCGUUCGAGCAAGUGGUCAAACGUCUUCCCAACACCUCUCCUUACCUUCCAGAAGCCUGCUGGAGGGCUUCUGGCAGGCGUUUCCAAUUUUUACUUUCCAAAACCUUCCAACUCCUCCUAAACAGGCCUUCUCAAAAACUUCUAGCUCCCAUUAACCUUCCUACCUCCUUCUGGUUACAUUCUCAACACCUUCCCAGGAUUCGCCUGAGAAUGUAAGCUAGAGAUCUCACGCUGGAUGUACUAUUAGACACCUAUAAUCCGUUUUUAGAGGUAUACUCAUAUAUUCUCGAGUUUUUUGUGAAUGAAAAAGCCUCUCUGGUCCGUCUUGGCGUUUAUCACAUUCAAAUUAUGGAUUUAUUCUUGUUUUUUUGGGUUAACCCUGCGGUUUUACACGUCUUAUUGCAAAAGAAAAAAAAUAGUUCAGCGCUUAGUAGUUAAUCGCAUUCUUUCGACAUAUAUGUACUCAGUCACUGCUUUUCUAACCCAAAAAACAGAAAUAAUAGCCUGAACCCCGGCGCGUUCCCUCCCAAAAGCCGAAACAGAAAUUCCGUCAAGAAAAAUGUCACCGAUCCGCUCAUUGGCGCACAUUACGUGCAGCCACGGGCACUUUGCCAACUCGAUGUGUCUUUACGAUAUGAAAUAUUUUUUUAUUGAGAUUUAUUUGCAAUCAUUCAUUUAUAUGUGGUAUAUUAAUAUAAAGGUCGCUAGAGUUUUUGUGAAUAAGUUGAUUUUUUCUUAGAAUUAAUUCUUGCUGCAACGCUCACAUUUUCCCUCACAGACAGAUACUGUGGCGAUGCAAAAUAAAAUUAUAUUAGUCUAUGUAGUCAUUUUUAUUUAUUUUUUUCUCAAAGUAAAUCCAGUUCUGAAACCAAAAAUAAAAAUUUUUCUUGGAAAGACCUCUUUAAAAGUUUCAAACUCAUGAUUAUUUUUGAAAAAAUUUCAGUAUGUUUGUCGUUUUGUUUCUCUCUAUUGCGGGAUCGGUUCUUGGUGAGGAUCUGGUGACGUGUAUGAGUGUGCUGAAAUUGAUGAACGCAAACGAAGGGUCACGGCUGCACUCACACGACGUGAAGUAUGGCAGCGGAAGUGGGCAACAGUCUGUUACCGGCGUGAAAUCUUCAGACGACAUCAACUCGCACUGGCAAAUCUUCCCAGGUUGGUACAUUUUUGCGACAAAGAAAGCUUUGAUUGAAUUUAGCUUUGACUGAAAGCUGCCACAGAGGUGAUAGUCUUGAGUGUGGCUCCAAACUGCGUCUGAAACAUCUUUCAACGGGUUGCUUCUUGCACAGUCAUCAUUUCCAAGGGCCUCUUUCCAAACAAUACCAGGUUUCUUCGUUUUUCAUUCAAUUACAACCUGUCUACUAUUGCAGAAAAACAAAAUUGAAAAAUUAAAAGUAGAAUUUGAACUUGAUAUAGUAUUAACGAAUUAAAUGGUCUCUGACGCUCCAAAAUUUAAUUAUCUUUUUCUUUCUUUGACGACUAUUUUGACUAUUUUUUUUUAUAGGAAGUCUCCUGCUUUGGAAGUGAAAAAGAAAGCGACACCGGAGACCACUGGACGCUCAUGUGCAACGAAGACGUUUGGAGCGAAUCUGAUGUGAUUUCUGUUCUCAGGCUUUUCAACCAUUAUCUUUGCAGCAAGUGAGGUUCAAGCACGUCGACACUGGCGUUUAUCUUGCGCUUUCGGGACAACAAUUCGGACGGCCGAUCAGUGGCCAACGCGAGGUACAACGAGCAAAUUGUUUUCAAACGUCUCAUUCUGAUUCUUAGGUUGUCGGAACGGAUUCUCUCACGAACGGUGGUGUUUGGAAAGCUGCGGAAGGUGUCUACGUAGUCCACCAAAACAAAAAUUGA